UCAGCAGUUGCAGCCCUGCUCAUAACCCGUGUGCGGCAAACGCCACCUGCGAUGACCAGAUGUCUCCACCUGUCUGCACCUGCCCAGCUGGCUGGCAGGGAGACGGCAGGAGGGACGGCUUCGGGUGUGAGGACAUAGAUGAGUGUUCAGAUGACACCAGCAUGUGUGAACAGACCUGCGCCAACGCACCUGGCAGCUACAGCUGCGCAUGUCAACAAGGCUUCCAGCUGAACGAUGACAGUCGCACCUGUCAGGAUGUGGACGAGUGCACUUCGGACAACGGGGGGUGUCAGCAUGUCUGUGAGAAUGACUAUGGGAGCUUCUACUGCGAAUGCAGAGAUGGGUUUCAACUGGGGAGUGACAGGAAGUCAUGCCAAGAUAUGAAUGAGUGCCGUGAGGACCACUCCUGUAGUCAAAUAUGUAACAACACAGCAGGCUCCUACUUCUGCUCCUGUUUGGAAGGGUUUGUUCUGGCUGAGGACGGGUGGACCUGUAGAGACAUCGACGAGUGCCUGACAGACACCCACGGCUGCUCCCACCUGUGUGUGAACACGCAGGGUAGCUUCUCCUGUGCCUGUCCUGAGGGCUACCUGCUCCGGGAGGACGGGCGGUCGUGUGAGAACAUUGAUGAAUGUAUAGAUGACAACGGAGGCUGUUCUCAGGUGUGUGAGGACACAGAGGGCAGCUACCGGUGUGCCUGUCAGCCUGGGUACAGGCUGGAGGACGAAUUCAUGUGCUCAGAUGUGAAUGAGUGUGCGGAAGGCAGGGACAGUUGCCACGCCAAUGCAGAGUGUAUAAACAAUGAAGGGUCGUACGAGUGCUACUGCCGGCCUGGGUUUGAAGGGGACGGACGCACCUGCACAGACCAGGAUGAGUGUGAAACAUCAGACUGUCAGCAGCUGUGCACAAACACACCCGGCAGCUUCAUGUGCGGCUGUCAGGAGGGCUACCUCCUAUUGGACGACAGGCGGUCAUGUGACAACAUUGACGAGUGCUCAUUGGACGACCGCGGAGGGUGCAGGCACAUCUGUAGGGACACGGAGGGCAGCUACUACUGCGAGUGUGAGCCAGGGUUCCAUCUGGCCUCCGACCUGAAAGCUUGCAUCAGAGACAAUGUUAUAACAGCCAACCAAGGAGGGGAUGGGGAGGGUGCAGUUCCAGUACAGCAGACAAGGGGAGCUCCCCUCCCCAUGGCAGUAGGACUGUCCAUCGCUGCAGUGCUGCUGGUACUCCUGGUGUUGGCUUUUGUCAAGUGUCGGCCCAGGAUCAACCAUUCUGCAGAUGGCCUAAAGAACUCGCUGCCAUCCGUGUUCUACAAAAAGCCCCUCAAAGAUCCCGUGGAACACAUCUAUGACAACCCCAAGUUCCUACCUGAGACAUCCAUCAGCAAGGCUGUUAGUGAGAAGCAGGUCCACGUCAUCCUGCCACCACAACCGUCCUCCCCACCGCCACCUCCGCCACCGCCGAUUGGACAGAGCAGCAGGCGCCCGAUGAGUAGGCGGUCUCCAACUGUAUCACCUGCGCAGCCGCGCCCUGCACCUGGCAGCAGCCGUCGAGCCCCGCAGGUGUCUGAGAGAGCAGAGAACCCGUACGUCCUUGACCCCACCAGACACAUCCAGCAUCGCACGUCAGUGCCAGGUCAGAGGCCGGAGGUCAACAAUGAUGACACCAUCAGUGAGCACAUCUAUGAGACGCUUGAUCUUCGGGAUGUUCCAGUUUCAAUGAUUUGAAUAGACUGUAAAUCACUUCAUAUUUGCAGUAGCAAAAUUUCGUGCUUGGAGAAAAAUUAACAUGUUUGCUGAACUAUAUGCCACAGAGACAGCAGGUGUAUUAGAAAGAAACUCUGCAGAUUAUUUGUUCGCAGUAAUGAUAAGUUUACAGUACAGAAGUGACUGUGAAAAUGAUGUAAAAUAUAAAAGUACCCCGAAUAUAAAGUGAUUUACACUAAAGUAUACCAAGGAAAAGGAGAUACAAAUAUGCUUUAAGUAAGACAGUGGCUACAGAGAUUCAAUCAGCAAAACUUAGUAUCAUGAUACACAGCACAUAAUGGAUGUACAUGUAAUGUUAGGACACUGUGCACAUUUGAUGAGAGGUAAGCACUAUAGUCUAUUAUAAUGCAGUACUGUAGUGUGAGUGAGUACACAUAUUGCAUCAUUGUUUUAAAUAGAAGCUAUGCAUUUUGAGAAUAUCAUGCAAUGACUGCAAGGCAUUUUUUGUGUCAUAUUAUACUUUGUUGCCAUAGGGUUGCCAAUAUUAUUUGCCAGCCAAUUUUGCCACAUUGUAGCAGUUUUAAGGCUACUAUAUACACAAGAAUUGUGGUGAUUAUAACUUGUGAUGUAUGGGAUUUACAGUCUUAACAAACAUAUAGGAUGUAUUUUUAAUAGGAUAAGCGUAUCCUUUAUCAGAAUGGAUUAAUGGAUGAAACUAACAGUGUGUACUGCACAGGCUAGUCCACAGUAUUUAAGGGUUUUGUUGUUGUCACAUUUCACUUCUCAAUAAAGAAUCAUGGAAA